CCGGGAUCCUAGGUUACGAACUCCUUCCGCCUCCAGUUACUGGCGAUCAGUGUUUGACGCCUCGGUUCUCAGGGUUUGAGCAAAGUAUUGGCUUUGUUACACAAACAAGAUCAAAGUUAAACUUUUAUCUGGGGAACAAGUGCACAGAGUGUUAAGGAAUGUCUGUUCAAGAAAUUGCAAUAAAUAAACAUGCAGUUCUUCCUCCUAUCAUUAGUAAUCAUGAUAAAGAAUUUUUGGAAAGAAUGCAAAGAUAUAUAAUUAUAGAAACGGAAAGAGUGGGCUGUACUGAUGAAGGACCAGCUGAUGAAUAUUUCAUCAUAUACCGAAAUGUAUUUGACAAGAUAAUAGAGCAUGUCACCGCAUACAAAACUAUUCUUACUUCAAUCAAGCAAGAAUAUGAUUCAUUCAUUGAGACAAUAAAGAAAGGCCAAAGAAGUGCAUUUUAUCUUCAUGGAAAGCUGAAAGUUCUGACAGCAGAGCCCACAACGCUAGUAUAUCAUAGGAAAAGAGUAGUCCAACUUGAAGCAAAGAUAAGGGUUAUUGAAGCUAAUUCCUCCAAAAUUCAAAUGCAGCUAAAGAAAUUAAGACAAGUUAGGAGAAAGGGCAUUGUAAAGGAAGGAAACUAUCUCACAACUACCAUAAAUCCUUCAAGGUCCAUUCCAGGCAUGACCCUAGCAGAAUCUCUCAAUCUAGAUUCUCUUAAUGAAUAUCUUAAGCGUCUUGAAGAAAAAUAUGAAGAAAUUAAACAUCAUAUGAUGGUAAAAUACAUCCCACACAUGAGAAAGGCUGACUUAGAUGAAGAAAAGAUCCAGGUAUUACAGAGGAGAGAUAUAGCUGAAGCAAUCAACAACGAUUUACGAUUUCGUCAUAGAAAAACAGAAAUGGUUUUAAGUGCAUUUUCUACUUGGAUACAAUCUGACAUGAGCAUUUCUUUUCAAGACUUCAUAACCCAAAUUAGUGAAACUCAGAGACUUUUACAAGAUGAUCAAGCACUUGUUGAGGAGUUACUUGAAGAAGACCCGAGCAAGGCAAAGGAAGCUGAAGUGUUACUCGACUACAUCGAAAGGUUCAACGAAUUGCUAGUAAAUGGUGAAUAUGAGUCUGCAGCUGUUUUUGCAGUGAACAGUCCUAGAGGAAUUCUUCGAAACAUAGGGACAAUGAGGAAAUUUGAGGAUGUUGGUAAAAUUAAAGGGAAAACUCUUCCUUUGCUGUUAUUCUUUGAGGCUCUUUUCAGUACAAGUCAUGCUGCUAAAAAACCUGUUAAUGCUCAUUUGACUCUGAAAGGAAUUAAAUGUGGAUUAUCUGAAAAACGGUUGGAUCUGGUUAUACAUUGGGUCACCCAGCAGAGAGUAACAUUUUCUGAAAAAGCUGGGGAUGUAAUUUGCCAGUAUGGGGAACAGAAUCCCUACAACAAGUCCAAGUGCCUAUCUUUAGCCCAGAUUAUCUACAGUGAAUGUGGUCUGCACAAGAAAGCUGUUCUUUGCCUAUGUCAACAGGGUCAGAUUUAUGGAGCCAUGGAAUAUAUAAAACAAUUCAAAAACUUUUCUUAUGAUGACCUUAUGGACAUAGUAAUAAUAUGUCCACAAAUUGAAUUAAUUAAUUGUCUUACUAGUGAAUGGAAGGGGGAACCACCACUUUUGUCUUUUUGUCUUAUUGUACUUCAUUUCUUCUCCACUGGAAUGAAAAAUUCUGGCUUAAGUCUGCUUCAAGAACUAGAUAAAAAUGAGAAGGAGGCAACAGAAAAACUUAUGACAUCUGAUCGAUUUUGUUCCUUAGAGGACUGGCAAGAACUGGCGGAUGUGUGUAUCCAUAACGGCUUUUGCAGAUUGUCCAAAGACAUCAUUUCCAUCCUUAGAUGUCAGGAAGGAGUAUCCGAAAUUCCUCCAGAUGGAGAAUUCAACAUAAUGGAACAUGUUUUUUGGUAGUUCCACCUCUUGAACAACUGAGGGAGCUCUAAAAAUAUUUUAUGUGUUCUAGUUGAGAAAAACAGCCUAAGUAUUAGUAACUUUGAAUAAAUACAAAUUGUUUAUU